AUCAAAAAGGCUUUAGCUUAGCUUACAUUUGAAGAAAAGCAUACUAUUCAUAUUUCAUUUCAUAUCCGUUGAAGAAUAAUCUCAUAUUCGAGAAUUAAAUUAAAAAAGUUUAAUUUUUUUUUUCUCUUUCUCCGAACUCGAAAAAACCUAGACAAGAAAGAAAGAAAGAAAUUGAAAAAAAAAGAAAUCUUUCUUGAUCCUCCGUAUACAUGGCGGAGGAAUUCGACAAGGCUGUGGAAGAUGGUCUCAUGCUUUCUAAGCGGCUCUACUACGGGAAGGACAGAGCGGUGGCUCCACCGAAGCCGUUGCCUGCGAUGAUGAAGCCGGGGACUCACUCUUAUCUACCGACGGCGCCGAUGGUGUACGCGGUGAUCUACGACCCGGCUAUUGUUGAUAACCCAGACAUUCCGAGCUACCAGCCGCACGUGCAUGGCAGGAACGACCACCCGGCGCUUAUUCCGUUACAUAUGCACGGGGUUGAGCUCGAGGUGGAAUGUUAUUUGGACACGGCGUUUGUGAGGGUCAUCGGAUCUUGGAGACUUCAUUGUGUUAUGGGUAGUAAGAGCUGUGGCUGUCGCGUUGCUAUCCCCAUGGGUGACCAGGGUUCAAUUCUAGGUGUUGAGGUUGAGGUGUCUAGAAAAUCGUAUCGUACGCAAUUGGUAAAAUUGGAAGACAAUAAGGAUAGAGAAAAGGCAUCCUCCACUUAUGGAGGUUUCCUGAAGCCCCAUAUAUUUACCAUGACAGUUCCACAGGUUGACGGGAGUUCCAUUCUCUCUAUUAGCAUGAGUUGGUCCCAGAAAUUAGUGUAUACCGAUGGUCAGUUCACUUUGAAUGUACCCUUUACUUUUCCUGAUUAUGUCACUCCUGUUGUGAAAAAAAUUUCAAAGAAAGAGAAGAUCCAAUUGAAUGUGAAUGCUGGUACCGGAACUGAAGUGUUAUGUGAGGCAGUCAGUCAUCCUUUAAAGCAAGUAAGGCGACAUGCAGGAAAAAUGGGAUUUUUAUACGAAUCUGAAAUCUAUUCUUGGUCGAGUACGGACUUUAACUUCUCAUACUCGGUUUCUUCAAGCAGCAUACAUGGUACUGUUUUCUUGCAAUCUCCAUCGGUGCAUGAAGUUGAUCAAAGAGAGAUGUUCUAUGCCUAUCUCUUUCCAGGAAACCAGCAGAAUAGGAAGGCAUUCAGGAAGGAUAUAGUAUUUGUUGUCGAUAUAAGUGGAAGCAUGCGAGGAAAGCCUAUUGAUGAUAUCAGAAAUGUGCUGUCUAAAGCUCUCUCUAAGCUUGAUCUAGAAGAUUCUUUUAGCAUCAUAGCAUUUAAUGGAGAGAUUUUUCUGUUCUCAACAUCGAUGGAAGUAGCUACAAAGGCGGCAAUUGAAAGGGCCACUGAGUGGAUGAGCAUGAAUUUUAUUGCUAGUGGUGGAACCAAUAUAUUGCUUCCUCUAAACAAGGCACUAGAAAUGCUAUCAAAUGCCCAGGGCUCAACUCCAAUGAUAUUUCUUGUUACUGAUGGUGCUGUUGAAGAUGAGAGACAAAUAUGUGAUGUAGUGAACAGACUUGUUGCAGAAAAGGGAUCAAAGUGUCCACGUAUAUACACCUUUGGCAUAGGCUCAUUUUGCAACCACCAUUUUUUGCGGAUGCUUGCAAUGAUUAGCAGGGGACAAUAUGAUGCAGCUUAUGAUACCGAUUUGGUGGAAGAUCGAUUACAAAAAUUAAUUACCAAAGCUUCAUCUUUGCUUCUUUCAAAUGUAACAUUUGAUGCGUUGGAUAGUAUUGAUGAAGUUGAGGUGUUUCCCACCCAAAUACCAGACCUUUCGUCUGAGGGUCCACUACUUGUAUCUGGCAGAUAUCGAGGAACAUUCCCCAACUCUUUUAAAGCUAAAGGUGUCUUGGCCGGUUUGAAUAGUUCUGUAAUAGAUUUGAAAAUACAUAAUGCAAAGGACGUACCACUUGACAAGAUAUGUGCAAAAGAACAGAUUGAGCAGCUUACUGCUCGGGCAUGGUUUUCAGAAAAUAAAGAACUCGAGGAUAAGAUAGCAAAAAUGAGCAUACAGACGGGGGUAAUAUCCGAGUAUACUCGUAUGAUUGUACUUGAGACAAUAGGGAAGAAAGUUCAAGAUGAGGUGCCAAAGAAAGGCCCACCCGAGCAGAAGGUGAUACCAUUGCCAAGUCUAUGUAUUGGCUUCGGUAACUUGACUGCAACGGCUGAAAACGUUCCUCCAGGAUGUGAAGAGGCAAAACUGCCUGAAGUCGCAGAAAUGUUUGUGAAGGCAGCUUCGAAUUGUUGUGGCAACAUCUUUAGACACUGCUGCUGCAUGUGCUGCAUCCAAUGUUGUUCCCGGAUGAACGACCAAUGUGCAAUUGUACUAGCCCAGAUAUGCACCGGACUAGCAAUUUUUGGCUGCCUUGAAUGUUGUUCAUUAUGUUGUGCCGACAAUGAAUAGAAACUUCGGUCCGAACAGAUUAUUUAAUUAUCUGUUGCAUAUAGUUUUUACACUUGUAAUAGAGAUGUGUAAAUGAAAAUAUGAGGUUUUGUUACACUGGUUCAA